UCUCUUUUCUUUGCGAAGAAGUAUCCUGCAAACUUGUCCGCUAAAUCAAAAAAAGAAAGGGUUGAUUGAAACUCCUGAUAGGAUCCAAGGUCUUUCUUGAAACAUCUGUUUACUCUUCCAUGAGAUAUAGGGGAAAUGUCCGGAGAGCUGGACCCCUUUCGCAGAUUUGUAGAGAGCUUCUAACAGCAACUGGAUUUGUAGGUUCCGUGGGAAUAAGUAUGGCAGAAGCACGACGAGGAUAAGCACGACGAGGAUUAGGGCCCGCCUUGAUGGAGUUGCAGGAUAUGGGAUUCAUGGUUGCAAGCGCGUCGAUGGCCAAGUGAGAUCAGAAGCCCACGCAACGUUGGGGGUAUAAGAGCGGUGAAAUCAAGCAACAGCCAUGUGAAUGCAGAAGAGGACCAGCAUGAACAACGAAGAUCAUUGUAGAGAUAUUUUAGUCCCUAGCUCUGAUGUGAUAAGCACUGUAGGUGCCAGUUCAUCACCCGAUCUAGAACUCCUUGAAUCUUGUCCUGUUGCUCUAGCGUCCGCACCUGAAGAGUGGAGUUGCCUCACUGACUUGCUGCCACGCUCAGUGAACGCAGAACUGGAAGUAUCCGAUACCAAUGUUCCACAAGGUAAUGCGCAUCUUCAAAUUCACUAUUGUUCAAACGCUCAUGCACCAUUGUCUGAUGGUGACAUUGGAUGGCGUAAAAUUGGUAAAAUCCGCGUAUCAAGAAAAGAAAUAGCUAAAGGAAGUAAUGGGACCAUUGUCCUUGAGGGCAGGUAUGAAGAUAGACCUGUUGCAGUGAAACGCCUUGUUCGGGCCCAUUGCGAUGUUGCUUCCAACGAGAUUCGGAUUUUGAUGGCAUCUGACCUACAUAAAAAUAUCGUUCGUUAUUAUGGAGUGGAGUAUGACCUGGAUUUCGUGUAUCUUGCUCUAGAGCGCUGUGCUUGUAGCUUAGACGAUUUAAUUCAAGUACAUUCAGAUUCUUCAAAUAACUCUGCGUUCGCCGGUGAUCCAGCAUCAAUGGAUGAUUAUAAAAUCAAAUUGGAUUCUGUUAGGGGUAUGAUGCAAGAUGUUAACUUGUGGCGGGCAGAUGGUUAUCCCUCACCUUUGUUACGGAAGCUGAUGAGAAAUGUGGUAUCAGGACUCAGCCAUUUGCAUGACUUGAGAAUUAUCCAUCGGGAUGUAAAGCCUCAAAAUGUCUUGAUUACUAUGAAUCCAACAUUUUGUGCUCAGCUAUCUGAUAUGGGCAUUAGCAAACCCCUUCCUAAAGAUAAAUCUUCCCUGGGAUAUCAUGCCACCGAUGUCUGUCUUGCAGGUUGUGGAACCUCGGGAUGGCGAGCACCUGAACUGCUACGUCAUGGUGGGCGCCAAACGCGGGCAAUGGAUGUGUUUAGUUUAGGUUGCGUCUUGUGCUUUUUCUUCACUCGUGGAAGACAUCCAUUUGGUGAAAUUUUAGAAUGUGACCACAACAUUGUUUACAACAAAAUGGACCUGUCCUUUGUGGACAUACCAGAAGCUCAUGAUCUAUUUUCGUGUUUACUAAACCAAGACCCCAAAUUGAGCAGGCCAAAGGCAUCGGAGGUGCUUCACCAUCCAUUUUUUUGGAGUUCGAAGACGAGACUGUCCUUUCUUAGUGAUGUCAGCAAUAAAGUAGAAUUUGAAACCAGGGCAGGCAAUCUAGAUCUUCUCAAUGCAUUGGAGAGCACUGCGCAAUCGGUUUUUGUUGGGAAUUGGGAAGACAAAAUAGAGCCUGCAGUUAGGGCCGAGCUAUGGAGACGGAGGCACUACGACGGUAGCCUUGUCAAACACUUAUUGAGAGCCGUGCGAAAUGUGUAUAGCCACCACAUGGAAUUUCCAGAAGAAGUUAAGGAGAUCCUCGGACCGGUUGAUGAUGGUUUGGAUGCUUACUUCGCUAUACGAUUUCCCAGACUCUUGAUUGAGUCAUACAAAGUAGUGUCCCAAAUCUGCAAGGAAUUGCUUGCGGGAGUACUUUCUAAGUAAUGUGCUUUUGACCCUUUGGCCACUUCCCACGGUGGUUCCUUCUUCAAGCCAGCGGGGUUGGCCAUGAAGCAGAAAUUCAUUCCACCUGUCUUUUUUGUUGUCCCCGCUGUCUUGGUUACGAGGAUCAAAUUUGGACGGGCUUAGGACUGUUCGUAUUAUUCCUAAUAUCAAGAUUUAAAUAAUUUUGUAGUAUACUAUUGCCACAUACUUUAAAUGUUUUAUGUCUUGUUCUUGAUAUUGCAUGAACAAAUAUUAUCUUUCAA